AUGUGCCGUGAGACAUUGCUCAUCUAUCCCCGGUGUGGACAUGUCAAAUCCUCUAUGGGUAUCAUCUACCACUGUCCGUCCUGGGCUGCCAAAGGCCGCACCUGCCUCAACGACAUAGGUCUGACCUUCAAGGACUACACUUUCAUCAUUGAAGACACACGUACUCAGCGCUUCCUUGACAGCCACGAGACUUCCAUUCCUGGUGACUGGAAGACAGAAAUUGCCCUGGGGUACAAGGGGUACUGCAACAACUGUGUGGAAGGGAGGACAGAACCGAGAAAUGAGCGUCAAAGGCAGGAUUUCCUUGAUGUGUAUCUGGGAGAGUAUGAAAGAUGGGGAAGGGAGGCAGAGAAGAGGAAGAAGAUGGCGGUGGAGCAAGAGAGAUUGAUCCAGAAUUUUAGGACGCAGAAGAAGGGAGAGACAGAAGCAUGCACAACGGAAGCGGAGUGA